AAGUCUGUUGCUACCGAACAUUCUCACAAACUUUCAAAUGAGCUCUUCGCUCUCAUAAUAAAAUGCCCUGCGGGCUCCUCAAAGAGGUUUUCCAUUAUGAAAUUCCUAGUGUUCUUUCGAACCAAACUAAUUGCAAUCAAAACAGUAAGUCUGUUUCUCUCAAUAACAUUUUGGAUUCAGUCUGUUUUCAUAUGAGAAUGUAAAUGACUCACUAAUAACAUGACUUUGCGAAUAUACGCGUUUUGGAUCGCACGUCUGUCUUUGAUAGGGCAGCCAUGACUUGUUUUUAGGGUUAGUAUAAAUGCCAGAGACUGGUUUUCAUCUCUUAUCGUGUCGAGGUGGACUCUUUCUCUAUUCUCAUUUACUUGGCACUCCUUCUGGCUCACAUACACCGUCUGUCACAUUGCUCUCCAUCUUCACUCUUGAUAAUUCAGAAAUACAGUAUUUCCUUCCAACAUACUGAUGACACUUGGCUUUCAGAUCAAAAAUAAAUACAAGGUCUUACUGUUGACAAGAUUUUUAAACGCUUAGCUCUUUCAUAUGUCUCUAAAGUCUUACAUCACAUAAUUUUUUUACAUAUUACGAUGUGCAGUUUUAACUGAAGCCGUUGGUUGUUUGAUCGCUGUAGGUAAAUGAGGAUGAGAGCGACUGUGGAAUUACCUCCUCUUUUAAGUCUGCCUUCAGUGUUUACACUCUUGAAUCCUGCCUCUAUCUUCUACAUUGUUCACACACUAAUGCGGAUUAAUUUGGAAAAGGCAUCUUUUUGUGCUUUCACUACACUAAGCUGCCCCUUUUUCAAGAUUUUCACCAUGCCAAUCUUUCCAAAGCAUACAGAUUAUUUAUAUUUUUAAGAAUACAAUCUGCUGGGAUUAGCAAUGCUGAAAAGCACCAUGAUUUUACUAGCUGUACCGUAGUACUCUGCCUGAGUUUAUUGACAUUUUUAUUGGGCAAUCUCUUCCUCCUCUCUGUUAGUGUUAGCCAUGGCAAAAUCCUCUGUAGCGGAAAUACAGUGAUCUACUGUAUAAGGUUGUGCAUGUGCUUCUGUGUAUAGAGAAACAGCAUUCCUUUGUCUGCACUGUUUGAUCAAAAACUGUCCCCAUAUUUGGUCAGCCUUCGAGAAAUGGAUGCUGAUCUGGUACACAUAUGCAGCUUCUUUGUAGGCUUAUUUAUUAAUUUAUUUAUUUAUUAUCGUCCUCUUGACCUCUCCUUGAACUCUUCCAGUGAUUUUAAUUGUUCUGUCCUCCUUUUCUUUACCCUUUCUGCUCUCUCUGCAGUACUUUCUCUCUCUUCCUCUCAAAAGUCUGGCAGCCAAGUUCUUCAUACUAAUGGUCUAUAGUUUUGAAACAAAAUAAGAGAAAGAGGGAGGAGUUGAACGUUUUUUAAAGACCAGGUUUUAUCUCACAACUCAUCUCCCAAAUAUACCUUCCAUUCGAUCUCAAAGUACAUAAAUGGCAACUCUCACUCAUGCAAAAAGAAAUGCUGUGCAGCUGGUUGGCUGGUUAUUGCACUACUCUCUCUAUCACACACAAACACACUUAUAGAUCCACACUUUUGUUUACUUAGAAUUCAUGACUGUUAAUUAAUAUUCUCCAAAUAGGAAAAGAAUGCUCUAAAAAUAGAAAUUGAGUGGCUUUGUGAUUGGGAUAUCCAGCCUAGCCCCAAAAAAAUAAACCUGUGAGUUACAAUUUUGUGCAAAGGUUGCCAAAGUAUGGAAAUACAAUGCAGAGAUCCAUGAAAUUAUAACAAUAAUAAAAUCAUAUUUCUUUUUUUGAUUAAUAUCAUCGGAAAUGACAGGUGACAUGUUAUUAAAGCCCUAAAGAGGACUUAAUAUUUAUGCACACAAUGCUAUGUGCAAAUCCAUGUAUAAAUGGCCAAAUUGUAGAUCCAUCGCCUUCAACCCUGCUGUAUGGUAUUUAUGACAGUGACUGCACUUUUUCGCCAACUUAACAAAGAGAUAGAUUUAUGUUAGCAGAGCUGGGUGAAACCUCACUCAUAAAUAUCACCACAGACGUUCACUUUAAGUAGAGCUACAGCAAUGGUCUAUGUAUGUCAUAUUUGUUUGCAACCAUGGUGACGGAUGGAGUAAACGAAGGGAAAGUUGUCCUGCGUGUGUGUGUGUGUGUGUGUGUGUGUGUGUGUGUGUGUGUGUGGUGGGGGUGGGUCGAGCCUUCUCUAUAGCCAUUGUCGAAAAAGGACAAGGCAGUCUUGGUCAAUGAUUUCCCCUCCUACAUACUGUGUAUAUACGCCUUAUGAUUGGCCAGGUUUGACAGGAACACAGCUUUUCCAACCAAUGAGCUAAGGGCCUGAGGGGGGGUCCUGCCCCUGGACCAAAAUAGCCCAGUAAAUACACUGCAGGCACUAUGAGAGCUGGAGCUGGACCACUGUUAAAUGCUUUGUGUACAAACAAGGGAUGCUUGUCAACCUUGUACUGCUGAAGCAUGCUGGCCAGUGUUCUCCUCUGUUGUGAUAGGCACAACUAGCUGAGUGGCACUUUGAUACCAGUGUUUGUGUUUCUGCAUUUAGGGAUACAAGAUGGUAAUAGAGUGUGGAUGGAGAGGUAGUAAUCGUUGGGUGCUGCACAUAAUCGGCAUUCUGCAUGCGGCCUUUAAGGUCUGUUUGUGCAGACGUGUGUGUUGCAACCCGAGGCAGAUGCGGAUUGACUUGCUUAUUGAUUUUAAAGCUGACCACUCUGCAUUCUAGUUUAAUAAAUUGAACUUACAACCGAGGUCUGAUGAGGAGGAAUGUCUCCACUGAUAGGUAGUUUUUUUGGCUCAACAGUUGAAAUCAGAGCCAUGUCACUUCAUAAUGAAGUGACAAGUUAACAUUGACAAUUGCUUAAUUCAAAAUCUUUUUUGUUGUUUUACCUUAUUGGUGCAUCCUCCUUAUUUUGGACCUGUCCAUAUAUUUUCUUUCCAUAUUCUGUGGUUAAAAUAUUCUGCUAUAUAUUCUGCAUAAUCUACCCACUAGGAGGCUCCUUUUAAUGGGCCUGUCAGCAAGCAGUCAUCAGUCUACCUUUUUGUUGUUUCUUUGAUUUGUUGUUUGUGUGUCUGUUUUUGGAUUGACAAGCUUGUGUUGUAAAUGGACAUCUACUUGUAUAGCGCUUUUCUCGUUUUUCGACCACUCAAAGCACUUGACAUCAUUCACACCCAUUCAUACACUGAUGAUGGUCGCUCAGGUGUCACCAGAAAAAACACAUUCACAAUGACCUGGCAGACAAAAUAAGGAAAUUCUGUCUAGGGUCUAUCGGUGUUUAUGCAUGCACAUGUGUAGGUGUUACUAAAUGCAAAUGCUGUGCAUUGCUUCAGUAAUGAGGGUGGACGGAGGAGGAGUUCCACACAAGAGGGGAACAUGAGCAAGGGAGAUAACUUUGCUGGACACAGGGCUUUCGUUGUUGUUGCCCAAGACUAGGCAUUCAGGAAAUUUAGGGGAAUUGGAGGAGGAAGAGGAAAACGAGGAGGAAUAGGAAGCUGAGCUGGUGGUUAUAGGAGGAAGGUGACUAAUAGUGACUGUCACUCAGCCUACUGUAGCCUGUCGGUGGAGGGGGUGUGCCGCCACCACGAGUGAACCGGCAUUUGAAUGCACUAGUUGGUCGGUCCCAGCCGGCAAACAACUGUCAGGGAGUGUGUGCUUAACACGUGGGUGAGCAUAUAUCUCUUGGCAACACUAUGUUAUCUUUGGGAUAGUUGAAGAGUUACUGCUUCCUCUACCUCUCGGGCUGGACUGCGGUGCAUUGACGUCGGCUCGCCCUCCCCUGCCCCCUCGCCCCCCAGCAAUGGCCUCGCGCGUUGGUCUGCGGAUGCAGCUGAUGCGAGACCAGCUGCAGCAAGAGGAUCAGCGUGAGAGGCAGCAGAUACAACAGAUACAGCAGCAUCAGCAGGAGAAUGCAGCCCUGCAAUACAUGCAGCAUUACAUGGCUGGGCCACCUGCACCUACACCUGCCAUAAGCACCCCACAGCAUCACCAGAGUAUGCAGGUCCCUGUGGAGGUUCUUAAGGUACAGACCCACCUCGAGAAUCCUACAGACUACCACAUCCGUCAGUCUCGGCGGCAACAGGUGAAAGAAUACCUGUCCACCACCUUUGCCACCAAACAGACAGUGCAUGCAGUAGCAGGGCUGGUGCCGCCCUCUCCUCCCACACACAUGGGACCUACAGGGGGUUCAGCGUCUGCCCCCCCACCCCUUCGCUCCCCACACAUGCGCACCGAGCAGCUCAUGUCUGGAAACAGUGCCCCCAACAGCCCCAUGGCCAUGCUCAACAUAAGCUCCAGCCACGAGACAGAGAUGGAUGAGGUCAUUGAUGACAUCAUCAGCAUGCAGUCCAAUUACGAUGAUAUUCAGGCAUACAUUGACCCGGUCCAGAUGCCAAACACACUUCCCCUGUCUAGCAGUCACCUGGAUGUGUAUACAGGUCCGGGGAUGAAGGGUCCAGCCAUUGCUAUGACCAGCAACUCCUGUCCUGCCAACCUGACAAUCAAACGAGAACUGUCAGAUACAGAAGCCCGUGCACUGGCCAAGGAGAGACAGAAGAAAGACAAUCACAAUCUGAUUGAAAGGAGGAGGAGAUUCAACAUCAAUGAUCGUAUCAAAGAGUUAGGCACCAUGAUCCCCAAAACCAAUGACCUUGUGCAUAGUGAUUUGCGCUGGAACAAAGGCACUAUACUGCGGGCGUCUGUGGAAUACAUCAAACGCAUGCAGAAGGAUGCACAUAGAUCCAGAGAGGUGGAAAAUAACUUCAAAAGGAUGGAGAUGGCCAACAAACAACUGAUGCUACGCAUCCAGGAGUUGGAGAUGCAGGCUCGUAUACAUGGUCUUCCCAGCACCUCUCCUUCUGCCCUGAACCCGACUGACCUGAUGGCUUCUUACAUAAAACAAGAGACCAGCCCAGAGGAGAACCUCUCUCACCCCAUGACACAAGCCCACCACCAGCCCCAGCACCUAUCCCAGAACCAGGCUCAUCCCCAGGCCCAGCAGCACCACUUCCUCCAGCAGACCCACCUCCAUCUCCAAGGCCAGGUUCAGCAACAGCCCAGGCAGCUGCAACCGCUUCCCCAACACCUGCAGCAGCCCCAGCCACCCAUCCAGUUCCCAGCUGUCGGCAGCUCCCAGCCCUUUGACUUUACCCAGUCGCUGGACUUGUGUGAUGGGAUACCCGGCUUCUCAGAUGGCAUGUCGGGGCUAGGCGACUUGGGUGGACUGGAUGUCCAGGGAAGGAGAGGUGAGCUGGGCUUCUUGAUGAUGGACGAGCCCUUGUCCCCUAUGGGAGGAGACCCACUGCUCUCUGCGAUGUCACCUGAAGCCUCGGUGGACUCCAGCCGUAGAUCCAGCUUCAGCAUAGAGGAUGGAGACAUAUUGUAGACACGUGCAUACUAACACACACAUGCAGUCACACAAACGCAGGCACAAGCACAUGCAGAGGUUUCAGAAAGGUUGCGUGAAAACAGCAUCAAAAAGUGAUGGUACGUCGGCACGACAGAUUUGCAGCACAUACAAUAGAAAUGAAACAGCAACCAGACGUGACAUUAUUCCCCCGGUUCACACCAAUACUAUGCACAUGAUACUAUUUGAACACACACCAAUAACACUCAUUGGUGGUACAAUUAAUCCCCUGCCCUUAACGGCACAAGCAAAAAAAGGUACAUAUUAUGUAUAGUACAAAUGUUUACACAGACACACACACACACACACACACACAUAGAUAAACGUUGCCCAACAGAGCAUUUACAAGUGGUAAAACAACACUGCCAGCUCAGGAGUUAUAUUGCACACUUGCCUGUCCUUGUUUUCAUAAAGGUGGCUCUGAAUCAUAAUUGAACAAGGGACAAAACCAGCAGUUAAUUAGAUUAAAGUUAUCGGAUACAAGGACAACCAAGUGCAUUGUCUCAUACAUCAACUUCUUUUAGUAACCAUAAACGAUUGAAUGAAUGAUAGUGAAUAUAAUGGAAACAGCUUCAUGGUCCGGCAUGCAUAAUUUAUCUCAAGGGGGUGCAGUCCGGUCACAUUGUUCUCUUCCUCAAUCUGAUAUUCUAGUGUUGGCAUUUGCUUCUCGCACCAACUGUUGUUUGAAACAGAUCUAUUUUAGCCUGCUAAGCCAACAUUCUAUAAGCGCCCACAUUUUAGGAAACAUUUGAAAACACACUGGGGGAGGCAGAUAAUCCAGUUUUCAGCAAAGCCCCUUUUAAUGUAUUGCAUCUACUCCACUUCUGACUGUAAUUGUUGUCUUUUCACAAACACACAUUGCUGUCCCCCAGUUUCUACACCUUUAACACUUGACACAGUCAUAACCUUUACUGUGGAGAGAAUAGAGAAAACAUUGGGAUGAUCUUCAGAAUAUGGCAUGUCGUCCUCAACUGUGAGGUGUCAAAAUACUCAGGUACUGGAACAGAAUGCACAAGUCAGAUCAUUUUUAAGCAGUAGCAAAUGUUACCCUGAAUCGUGUCUGGCUCAUAACACCUAUCAAUGUGCCUUUUCAUUUUUGCAGCUGCCGCUCCUCAAAGGCAUGUUUUUAUAGGUUGGAGAUCACCACCAGUAUUUUAGAUUUAAUGUCAACUUCAAUUAUGUCUGUUGAUGCUUUCGUGUUUGCUUCUGUACCAUCUAUACUAGGGUUGUUGCAGGAGAUAAAUGUUGCGUUUUUCUCUCACUAAUUGUCUUUGUAGGAACCAACUUGCUUGUGAAGCCCGGGUGAAAGAAAUUAAAGUGACAGGGAGAGAGAAAGAGAUAGUCUGUCUCAGCUGAGAGCAGAAGUUGUGUAAUCUCCACUGUUAAAGCACAACAUCAGCACACACUUACAUGCAUUCACACUCUCACUUGAUUCACAAGCAGUCAUGCAAAUACAUGCAGAUGCUUACCCGGUAGUUCUUAAACAUGCAUUAUAGUGUUCACAUACAUACAAUAAAUACAGUGCAGCCUUGAGGCGGUUUUCAAAUCAGCAUGUUAAAGAGGCUGCAGUCUCUCCCUCGACGAGUCGAUUGAAGCUACUGGCCGCAGAAGUAAAACUCAGGUCCGCUUUUCAAACUGCCACUGAAAAAGGAAUCUGUUAUCCAACUGGCUGCAGCUGUCACGGUGAUGGUUAGGGAGGGCAGAGGUGGGCCUGAGUUGUAUCUCUGCUGUGGUAGACCUGGGACUUGGCUUUGAUUUGAUAUCAGUAUUGAUUGAAGGUAGAAAACAACUUUGAUUUUUAUUUUGAUUAAAAGAAGUGUUUGUUUUCUUUAUUAUAGUGUGUUGUUUAUUUUAUCUCUCAAAGCACUGGAAACUAUAUUAUUAUUUUGACUUUUUACAUGGAAGAAUGAUGGAAUACAAUUUCUUUCAGAUGUUAUAUGCCACUAAGCCACUUAAAUGUAUUUUAUUUGUAUUUGUUGUUUUAGUUAUUUUACAAUUUUAUUCCAAAACUCCCCCUUUUUUCUCAGAGCCAUUUUCAGUAAGCACACUGUAAAUGUACACACACCACCCAUGUUUUAUUGAGGAUGGAAUGGGGAGCCGUUUAUAAACUUCCAGAACUGACUUCAAAGAGAUUAUGUACAUUUACGAUGCCAUUUUUAUAUGACUGGGAUUUUAUUUGUCUCCCUAUUUUAACUUUGAAUUUGUGGAGCCAGACAGAAACUUGAUUAUUUUAUUUGAUUAAAUUCAAAUUGCUCAUUUUAUGAAUGUAAGCUUUAUCAGUGGUUCUGGUCAGACUGAAGCAGGUUGCCAUGCUCCCGUCCUUCCUGACUUUGGUUUCCAUGGAAACUAGAAGAUGACUGACUUCAAAAUAACUCUGAGCUGAGGAGUUAUGGUUGCCAUGGCGGGGUAUCAAUGAUUCUGCAUCGGCCACUUUCUUUCUGCCAGAGUUGUGCCUUUUCCCUAUCAGCCACAGUUUGACUCUUGUUGUACUUUCACCCAGCCAACACUCCAAAGAUCUGCUCAGGCCUCCUCUACUCUUCCACUAGAGGACGCUCUGCAGACCAAAGUACACAGGGAAAAGUGUUUCUGAUUUUACUGCGAAAUAUAAAAUGUUUUACCAGAAUCCA